AUACAAAAUUACGUGUGCCACAUAGCGAUAGAGGUAAGUAGAAGGGGUAUGCCGUAAACAAUGUAGCUAACAAUUACAUGUUUGAAGAGUCUUUUUUGUCUUAUUCAAGUGACUUAAUAUCUUAGAUGAGACAUAAACUUAUAUAUAUAUAUAUAUUUAGGAAGAGUGGAUACAUUUAAAUGAUACUGUUUUACAGGGAAAUUUCUCCAUGACGUAGAGGAUGUGUUGCUAUAUAUAGAAACAAUAUUUCCUAAAUGAUGCUGUUUUCAAACUAGGUUAAUUUAUAUGGUCAAAUUCCUUUCGGGGACCUUGACAUUGAUGUCGGUCUGGUUGUUAAAAACAGUCAAAGCUUCGUGCUCAGUGCCGCCUCUGCAGAUUGUUCGUCAGGUUGUUGAAAAAGGUAUUUAUUUAUUUAUUUAUUUUUUAUUCUGAUAUAUUUUAUGAUGUAAUUCUAUGCUGAAAUAAAAAGAACUAACCAACAACAAACUGGAGUGAAUCAAAUAAUUUACUAUAAGUGGGAGAAUGUUUGUAGACCACAUUUCUUUCCAAAACCACACCAGGCACAUUCUAGGCUUUUUCCUCGGUGUUGCGUAGAAGGGUGGGGUGGAAUAAUGAAAUAUUAAUAAACCUUUAGGGUUUUUUCAAAAAUAUUAUUACACACGCACUCACAAACACACACAUAUAUAUAUUUAUAUAUAUAUAUAUAUAUAUGUGUGUGUGUGUGUGUGUUUAAGUGUAUGUAUGAGUAUAUGUGUGCUUUAAUAGAUGUUAUAUAGAUUAAAUACGAUUUUGAGUCCCUCCUUGAUAUUAAUGACCUUGCAACAACCUCUAACCCCGGGUAGAUGGGACUCGUUAACCUUGGUCGGAAACUCAUCUAAGAGAAGGAAACUCUAAAUUCAAACCCAGAGAUGGCGUCCCCCCACCCGUCUUUCUUUUUGGGAUAUUUUUUUUUUUUUUCAAAGUUUAAAUCAUAUUUUUGGUCAUCCUACCCUUUUGGCGCUACCUGUAAGGCUUUAGUCUGCCUCACCACUUCCUUCCACUCAGACCCAUCUGAUGCUUUUCUGUAAUAUGCUUUAAUUCCCAGGUGCUAUAUAUCUGUGUCCACAACUUCCAACCAUAUUUUUUUUUAAAAGUCCUAGUUCGAUCGGUUUUCCCUCAGAGGUUUUGGUGGUGAAACCUCUUUCAUCCUUCGUCUUUUGGCAUUCUUUCUAAGUGUCCUGCCUAGCGUGACCAGCACAUUUUUUUUAUUUCCGCUACUAGCAUGGAUCCUGAUAUAGAUUAUACCAUUCCUGGUUGGUUCGUAUUCUCCAUCUUUACUCAUCCUUUGUUGGAGAACUUUCCUCUCCCAUGUGUUUAACAGGUUUUCUGUCGUUUUUUGUUAGUGUCCAAGUUUCACUUGCGUAUGUAACAACUGGUCUGAUUACAGUUUUCUAAAUAGUUUUCUUUGAAUCUCUUGUAAUCUUUUUACUUUUGAGUAUUUUCUGACUACUGAAGUGUGCUCUGUUACCUGCCGAUAUUUUUUCUUUUAUUUCUUUUAGUAAUUCACGUGUGUCUUUAAAUAAAGAUGCUAGGUAUUUAAAGAGAAUUUACUUUUUCAAAAGUGUGGUGUCUAAAUGAAAUAGUUGCAUCUCUCAUUUCUUCUAUUAACAUAGCCAGGCUUGUAGUGAUGCGCAUUAUAAUUCAAUAAAAGCUUUUGAUAUGUUUUUUGCUACUUUUCCCUUACAGUUUUAUGUUAUCACCGUUAGCAAGAUACUAAAAGGGUUUGUUGUAAUAGUGCUUAUGAGAGUCUCAUGUUGAUAUCUUCUUUUGAUGCUGCCGUAAGCCCUUUUAUAGUCCACAAAGAGUUCUUGCACUGGGAUAUUGUAAAAGUAAUAUUUCUCCAAUUGGCGUCUGGUAGUGAAAAGCUGAUCAGUCGAUGAUCUCUUUUUUUUUCUUCUGAAUCCACAUCGGUAGUCACCUAAUAUUCUUUAGUGUAUGAUUGAUUUUUUUUUUUUUUUUUUUUUUCAUUUUGUUUUUUCAUUUUUUUUUUUUUUUUUUUUUUUUUUUUUUUUUUUUUUUUUUACAAUUAGAUUUGUCAGUAUUUUUUAUGUAGCAUUUAAUAGGAAAAUUCCUGUGUAGUUUGUGCAUGGGAGUUUGGAACCGUUCUUGUAAAUUGGGGUUAUAAGUCUCGUUUUCCAUUCCGUUGGAAAUUUUCUCUUUUAGUAUAGCUCUCUUCCUCCAUAUUUAAUAAGUUCUGCUGUGGUGGAGUCUUCUUCAGGGGCUUUGUGGUUUUCAUAGAAACCAUUACUUCUUUAGUUUCUUCCAAAGUUGCGGAGUUUAUUUAAAGGGUCUGCUCCUCCAUGUGGUGGUUGAUAAUCUUCAUCUUGUCCGUCGUCUGCAAACAGUAUGCCCUCAAAAUAGUCAGCCCAACUCUCCAGUACUUUACUAUUUUGUUUUAUAAAAUUCUCCAUCAGGGCUCUAACACAUUUGAGUUCUGGCUUGGUAUCCAUUUUUUUCAUUUUUUAUCUUCUAGUAUUUCCAUCUCUUGAUAAGUCUUCUAUUUUUUAGUUUAUCUUUUGUCCAUUUCCUUUUUUUUCUUCCUACACAUUUUCGUGGCUUUCCGCCUGGCUUCGUUGUAUUGUCUUUCUGGUUUCCCAUUUGUAUCACGAUCAUUCAUGUUUUGCUCCAUUCUUUGACAGUCCCCCUGCAUUCACUAUCAAACCAGCCUACUCUGCUGUUAGUGUGCUGAAAUCCUUCUACCUUUUUUUUUUUUUGCUAAUCAUGUCAUAGCAUUUUGUAUACCAUCUCACUGUUCUUAUUCUAUGAUAAUAUUCAGCAAGUGGAUUGUCAAAGUCUGCAUCAGAUGCCCUAUAGCUUCUUAUGUCUUGUACGUCUAAUCCAUGCCCCCGAUAGAUUAGAAUAAGGAAAAUCAGGUUGUGAGUAAUUCCGUCUGGUGAGUUCCAAUUAACUUUAUGUGUAUUUUUGUGUGGAAACUUGCAGCUACCAACUGUCAUCUCUUUUCUUGAAGCAAAGUCAGUAAGUUGGAUUCCAUUGUCAAUUGGAUUCAUCGUUCACACGAUCCUUGCCAAUAGUUGGCAUAAACACGUUUUCUUUCCCUAUUUGGCUUUAAAGUCUCCAAUCACUAUUUUAAUAUGGCGUGGUGCCUCAUCACAUAUCUUUUCCAGUGCCCCAUAAAAAGAUUCAUUUUGACCUUCUGUAUCUUCGGAGGAAUCAUGAACAUGUAUUAAUAUUAUAAUUCGCCAGCAGAGGCCAAACAACAAGACCAAGACCACGCAGGCUAUAUAUAGAUAUACCAGAACAAGCAAGCAAGACGCCCCAGGCAAACCCUCCACUCCCUUCCCUUGUCACCCUGGCUUGCCAGCCAGCUCGCGGCGAGUGCUAAACGUGGCAUCUGCUAAGCCGCGGGUCGGCGUGAAAUAAAAAGUGUGCCGUGACGUAUCAUGGAAAGAAAGGGGGGAAUGGGUGUAGCAACAUUGGCAUUCUUAAAUGUGCGUAACUUCAGUUCACAUUUGUGUCAAGUAACUUUAGUAGAUGGGGUGUUCACGCAUUGUUCUCGCCAAUGUUUGGCGGGCUAUAUCCACCCUCGCUUGCCAGCCAUGCGCACACCCCAACAAGCUCGCGGCGUAUGCUACGCCGAGAAUCGCCUAGUGUAUUAAUAAUAUAUUAAACAUUUUUCCUCGCACACUCUUUCAUUCACUGGUUUAAAACGUAUGAUCUCAACGACGUGUUCUUUCAUCACAGCAAAUCCUGUUCCAAGAGUGUUAGUAAUUUUAACAGUCUUAGUACUUUCAUGUCUCAAUCAAAACAUCAUGUCCAUAUCCGAGCAUGGGUCGAUUUCCCUUAAAAAACAGUCCGGAUUUUGUUAUGUUGUUUGGCUUACGUAACGUUAAUUUUUAGACAUGACCGGGUUGUUAGCUCUGCGCACAACCGUCUUGGGGAGGGUUUCAAGAUAGCUUCCUUGGUUUUUGGGUAAGGCACCUAAGGAUCCCUCCACUCUCAACAAGGUCCUGAUGACGGUCCGCCCCGGGUGUUUUAUUUACCCAGCACCCGCCAAAUACGGGGAGGCGCUCGACGGAAUAUCAGUAUCUACGCACGGGACUUUGUUUGAUAAUGCAUACGAAGAUAUGAUAAUGCCAUUCAAUAUAUGGGGGCAAGCUGGGCGAUUCUCAAGUUGGUGGUCUCGAGUUCAAUUCCAGCCAAAAGCUCAGUCAAGCGAAAACAGCACCCGGUGUGGAUGGGACUAUAUAGUUAACCUUUGAUUACAACUCAUCUAAGAGAGGGAAUCUCUGAAUUCAAAUGUAUGGAGUCCCGCGGGCGGGUAACAUUGGUACAAUGAAAUAUUCCGACAACUGCUACGACGCCACUGGUGCCAAGCUGUAUCAUCUACAUGAUGUUCCCUUGUGUUAUCCAGCGGUGUGGAGAGAGGCGUUUUUCUGUUGGGAACCAGCUUAUAAUACUAGAGGAAUAAUCCCAGGCCUUGUGGAUUUCGCCCUGUGAAGUCUACACCAUCGUCACAUUGUGACAGACGGAUGCCAGUCAUAUAUAUAUAUAUAUAUAUAUAUAUAUAUAUAUCAAUAACUGUUAAUGUUUUUUGUAAUUGUAUAAAUAUUUCAACGCAACAUUACACGUGUGUGUUUAUCAUAUAUAAUAUCUAUUUUUUGUUGUUUGCUUUCAGGGAACCAGCUUAUAAUAAUAGAGGAAUAAUCCCAGGCCGUGUGUAUUUCGCCCUGUGAAAUCUACACCAUCGUCACAUUGUGACAGACGGAUGCCAGACAUAUAUAUAUAUAUAUAUAUAUAUAUAUAUAUAUAUAUCAGUAACUGUUAAAGAUUUUAGUAACUGUAUAAAUAUUUCAACGCAAAAUUAGACGUGUGUGAUUAUCAUAUAUCAUAUAUAUUUUUUGUUGUUUGCUUUCACAGGCUUUUUCAUUUAAUAACCACCAAAAAAAAUGUGUUUGACAUCAGUCAUUGAGGAAGCUUUGCUUUCGGUGCUAAACAUCCCCAUGAGACCUUUGUCUACGGCCAUGAAAGUCUUCACUUUGUGUGUUUGCACGUUUCUGUGUUGUACCUGUAAGCAGCAAUCAAUAUUACCCACAUAGCUGUAUUAACUGAAUUAAUUAGUUUCUCUUGGAUAACACCAUCUUUUUAUUCAGCUUCAUUCUUCAUCUCGCUCUCUCUCUCUUUCUUUCUCUCUCUUUAACACAAUCUCCUUCUUUUUGACUUUCUAUUUCUCAUUCUCUCUCUUUUUACCUCUCUCUUUCUCUCUCCUUAACUUUCUCUUCCUCUCUCUAUAUUUUGCUCUCUUUCUCACUCUCUUUUAAUCUCGUUAUCUCCCUCUUUCUCUCUCUCUCUCUUUCUCUCUCGAUUUCACUCCCUUUCUUUAUCUCCUUUUCUCACUUUCUAUGCCUUUCUUUCUCUCUCUCUCUCUUUCAUCUAUCUCUCACCUCUCUCUUUUUCACGCUCUUCUCUGUUUCACUCCCUUCUCUCUCUUUUUCACUCUCUUCUCUCUUUCACUAUCUCUCUCUCUUUCCUUUUCUCUUUUUCUCCCACUCUCUUUGUCUUUCUGUCUCCUCCUCUCUUUCUCUCUUUCUCUUUCUCUCUCUCUCUUUCUCUCCCCCUCUCUCUCUGUCUCUCUAUUUCUCUCUCUCCCUUCAUUUCUUUUUUUUUUUUUUUUUUUUUUUUUCUUUUUUUUUUUUUUUUUUUAAAUACACUUUGUAAUAUUCAUGUACUACCUAAUUACAUUACUACUCUAUGCUGUAUACAAAAUUUACUAACUUUCUUCAUUACGUGUAAAUCCUUGACUUUGUUUUGUCCGAAAAGUUUGCCUUUUAAGACGUUACGUUUGUAACAAACCUCAGUGCUUCAAAAAUAUCAAAUUGUUUAAACAAUCUUAUUCCAAGCCAAUAAAUUUAAACUUACGGUUAAAAUUUCAUAUGCAAAUAAUACCCUCUAACGCAUUUUUUUGUUUUACUUUCAAGGCCCUUGCAGUAGUCAAAUCAUUACUCUCUACGAAUACUCAAAUGGAAGUUCUUGCUCAAGGGGGCUACUCGAUAACUAUGACACAUAUGCAAUCAGAGCCAGAGUAGACUGCAAGAACCGAUACAGGAUGUCCAAUAUGUACCUGAAAUACAAGACUAAACAUGGAACUGAGUUCACUUCUGUAAGUUUAAGAUCCACACGUAUUGUCUUUCUUUAAUCAAAAUAUAUAUUCACUUAAAUAAAACACCAGGUCAAGAGGGAUGCCAAUGACGAUUCGUAAUAUCGUUUAUCUAUUUCAUUAUUGUGUCAACAUUAUAACAUUAUUAAGUUAAUAUCGAAAUAGAAUGACUAGUACGCAAAACAAUAUAUACUGUACAAUGGCAUUAAGAAUAGAGUUUUUAUUUUUUAUUUUUUUAAAUAAAUAUUAUGUACGCCUGUUUUUGUAAAACAGAGUAGCUUCCCCGUGGUUGCCGAUUACUUUCAUCACCCUGUAUUGGUUCCGAAAUCAUGGUUGUUGUUUCUAAACUUGAUUCCAGUAAGUUAAGUAGGAAUAAUUAAAACAGCCCCGGCAAUAUAGUUAUAAAUUAAUAUGUAUACUUUUGUGCUGAAUAAUUUCGUUCCUCUUAUUUCACGGUAACGUCAUCCGAUCCAUAUUAAGUUAGCCAAAACAGUACAAACAAAAAUGAUAUGAAAGCGGAAAUGAUAUGAACCAUGCCAUUAUUUCAUUUUCUCACCGAAAAUAAAUAUUCUUUCCCUUCGAUAUUCUUACCCCAUAAUUUACAGCGUCUAAAGUAGACGAACAAUGAUAUAUAUAUAUAUAAAAAUCUUCUUAAACUUGCAAAAUCAUCGUUGUAUUAUAACGAAGGUAGCUCAUUGCUAUCAACUGGGUUUUGGGGUUUGAUUUGUUUUGUGUGUGAAAGUUUUUAAUUGCUGAGUUGACCGGUGCUUUUCUGAAGGCGAAUUGUGAUUGUCGCGUUAUGCCAGCGCAGUUCGGGGAGUUCUUUAAGUUAUGUUUGUAAUGUGAAAGGGUGCAAGUACUCGUCAGUCAGCGAGAGGGGAGCCAUCUUAGUAUAAGUAAUCAGUGUAGGGAGGAUUUUUUAGAGAGUACGUUUUGUGAUAACGUCCUGUAUGCAAAGAACUGUUAAAGUUACUUUCAUUGAACGUUGUUGUGUGGCUGUGUUGUAGGGACGUGUGGACCAAGUGUGGCACUGUGGUAAGGGAGUAUGGACCAAGUGUGGCAGUGUUGUAGGGAAGUGGGUACCAAGUGUGGCUGUGUUGUAGGAAAGUAUGGACCAAGUGCGGCUGUGUUGAAGUCAAGUGGGUACCAAGUGUGGCUGUGUUGUAGGAAAGAAUGGACCAAAUGCGGCAGUGUUGUAGGGGAGUGUGGACCAAGUGUGGCACUGUUGUAGAGGAGUAUGGACCAAGUGUGGGAGUGUUGUAGGGAAGUGUGGACCAAAUGUGGCUGUGUUGUAGGGAAAUGUGGACCAAGUGAGUCUGUGUAGUAGGGAAGUGUGGACCAAGUGCGGCUGUGUAGUAGGGAAGUGUGAACCAACGAGUGAGAAAGUGUCGUAGUCGAGUCUGGACCAAAAGUUGAUGUGUUGUCAUCAAAUGAGGUCCAAGUAUGGCUGUGUUAGAAUGAACCAAGACAACGUUUUCAGUGAAAAGAAAGAAACCCGUAACAUUUGACACCCUAAAAAUCCUUAAAAAAGGAAAAAGUAACUUUUUUUUUAAACUUCAAAUAACCAUCUAAAGUGUUUUCUUUUGUAUUCAUUAACAUUAAACUGCAUCCUUCCUACAGCUGUGUGUCUUCUUCUACCUAUUUGAAACUACCAAGAGCUCAGAUGUUUGCAACGUCACCAUCGGCACAGAUGACAAAUGUGUCUACGACAUCGACAUCAGUGUCAAGACGUCCCGGUUGCUGAGCGGCGCCACGUUGCAAGCCGUUGCUGUAACAGAGGGCAAUGAUCAGUUCACCAGCAACGCCUUAACGCUCUCUGAGCUCUACGGUGAGUGCCACACCGAGACCAUUAGCAUAUUCAUCAUAUUUUUAAUCAUAGUGAUCUUUAUCAACUUUACACCACCAACACCACCACCCCCACAGCCACCCCCCGCAGCCACCAACACAAUCAGCCCCCAUGAUGAUGAUGAGGAUGUGCCGAUAACCAUUUGGGGCAUGUAUUCUUUGGCCUGAGACCAUUUAUAAGCAAUUUAAAAGUCUUCUGUUUUUAGCUUUCAUGUAUUCACUAUUAUUCAGUAUUGCUGAGGUAAGACUAACAUGUCGAAUAAUGGCGGGGAAAUGUGACUCCAUUUGAGCGCCCAUUCCAAAUUGCCAAAUAUUACUUUUUUUUUAAAAAUUAAAACUACUAAUGUUCUUGUGUAUACCGAUCAACCUUUUUUUUUAAUUAUUAGCCUUGGUGACUUUAUAAAUAAUUUAAAACAAACAUUGGACCACAGACUACUAUAAAGUAUACCUUGUCAACAUAGCGUAUUUAGACAUAUCUUAUUGCAUGUCAUCAUAAACGAACCAUUAUAUUUUUUUUUAAAUCCGCUUCAAAUUUUGUUGUAUUUAAUAAAAAUACAUUGAUUUGACCCUAAUAUUUAUAUAUACAGGAAAAAUUAAUUAAUCGCUGUUAUUUUUUUCUUCUUAAAAAAAAAAAUGAAAUCAAUAACUGUUAGGCAUCACAAGCUCAACUGGACACUUGGUGGUCAAUGGGGAAAAACGUCCAACUGACCAACUUAAGGACGUCAUUAAAGUCAACGGUCGAGAGCUGACGAUAGUCUUUGUUUGUGAAUGUGAAGCUGUGCCGUGCUGGAUCACAAUAUCAGACGAUGAUGACUCGGCGGUUGUCGUAAAAGGCAAGCAUUAUGCAUUGUAUAAACGAACUUUUGAAAGGUCUACACAAGUUAAGGUGACCAUAAAACAUGCUGCAUGCAGGCUGGACGGUGAAUACAACAUCGUGGAGUUUAGCGUCCAAAUAGGUGAGACCAAGGCUGUGCUGCGUGUAAUUGGGUAUCUGUUGUUUGAAGUCUCACAAUACGGUUACUCUUUGGCGUCAUCCAUAAAGAUAAUCUGUACCAUCUUUUCGGCCUCCAAUCUUAGGUACCUAACCAUAAAAUUCCGAAACCUAUCGCACGUGUAUCGACGGACAGCAUUUGUUGGGGGUAGUUAAUUUUACCUAUCGAUACAAAAAAAAAAAUGUUAAUACAUUUCUUCUUAAAAAUUCGUUUUUAUACCAGGUUAUUAUAACUAUAUGCUGCAUAUCUUAAAAGCCGCCUACACGCAUGUCGCGAUCCGUACUAAUUGGUGUGCUGCUUCAAAUUAUUUUUACAAGUGCAAACAUCGUAAGCAUAACAGACUGAACGCAGAUCAUUUUUACAAUAGCAAUGCACACAUUAAUUCAGAAACGUAUCUAUCAGGCUGUACAAUGAAUCAACCACAUAAAUGGGGGCAGCUCGCUAUAAAUAGAAAGUGUACAGUACAGCGGCUCUCAACCUGGGGGGGGGGGGGCUCCGAAGACCAGCGGAAACACAUAUACUCUACGGUUAUAAGGUGGCAACCAAAAUAGUGUUGUGGUUGGGUGUCACCACAACAGGAGGGACUUUAUUAAAAAAUGGGGGCAGCUCGCUAUAAAUAGAAAGUGUACAGUACAGCGGCUCUCAACCUGGGGGGGGGGGUCUCCGAAGACCAGCGGAAACACAUAUACUCUACAGUUAUAAGGUGGCAACCAAAAUAGUGUUGUGGUUGGGUGUCACCACAACAUGAGGGACUUUAUUAAAGGGUCGCGGCAUUAGGAAGGUUGAGAACGACUGGUAUAGUACAACCUUCUUCACACCGACGGCCAUAUGAAGAGCCCACACACAACAAAGAGAGACUAUAAACAUUACGUAACAGCUACGAUAAAAUCACGUGACAAGCCAAAAGCGUGCAUGGACUAAACUAACGCACUGCACACAAUAAAACACAAUGUUCAGUGCUCAACAUUUACGAGUGAACACUCCAUAUUCGACAGCCUAGUCUUAGAAGCGCUGUUGUAAACUGCAAUGAGAGAUAACCAAAUAAAAGAAAAUCUUUAAAACUCUUACGUCAUACUCACAAGGCUUUAGCGGGUCCCGAUCCUCUUUGUUUGUGUGUAUCUACGUGUGUGUGUGUUUGUCCGUACGCGUUUGUGUGUGACCGUACAUGUGUAUUGUGUCAGGCCUUAAAGCGAGGCUCUCAUUUCAUGUCAUUGUCUUUUAUUGUUAUUCAAUCUAUCACGUACCGUGUUGUUAAUAUUUCAUUACUAUUUCAUUCGCACGGCUUGUCUACUACACUGUCACUAGCUUAUCCUGACGUCUAAUUGGCAGCCGUUGACCAUGUUUUACUUAACAACAAAAAUCAUUCAAUUUGUGUGAGUAAUGAACGCGUCCCUCUGAAUCUUAAAAUCCUAGGUUUUUUUGUUUGUUUAUUUAUCCCAAAGAUGUUCCGCUAGGAGUGAACGACACCGUGAUCAUCGUACUUGCUGUCCUGACAGCUGUUUUAGCAGUCGCUGUUAUCAUACUGAUUGUCAUUGGUGUCAUGGGAUAUAGGUUGGUAAAAUUUAAAAUGGAUUAACUGUAAGAUAAACCUUCACUAUAAUAAACUAAUUAAACAAGAUUCUAGGAAGAGCUUUUUUUUUCUGUGAAUUAUAGAACCAAUACAUUUUUUAAAAUUCACUUUUAGAAUAAAGAAAUGCUAUUUGUAAAUCGAUUUCCGUUUUGCUUUCCAACGUAAAACUAGGUACACUGAAAAUUUUAAUAGAAAACCUAAUGGAAAAUGCUUACUGUACGUUCAUGCUACGUCUUUGACGGCUCUGCACUGUGGACUUUUUUUUUUCGAUGAUUUAGGCUAGUGCUCCAUUAUUUACUUAUUUGACUUGUACUUUAUUUUAACAAUGUCUAUCCCAUAAAUAUUUAACAUUACACGUGGCUGAUAUAUGGAAGUAUGGCUACCCACAGCUCUGAUCCAUUUUUAAACAGUGAUAUUUACUAAAACUGUUUCAACAUAUUACUUGGGACGGGUGAAAAUCAAUUCAAGUUAUAUGAUAAAAUAGAAAUGGUUAGUUGUUUUGCUUUAAACACAUGUUAAGAACUUUAAUUAACUGACCAUUCUAACCAAAACAUCUGAUUUUCCGAAAGAUGAUAAGUUGAACUGCAGUUCGGUAGGAGAGGGGGUUCUUUUUUCAAAUGCGUUUGCACGGCUAAACGUUUAAGAACAUUGCUGAUAAAAAAAAUUGUGUUAAAAAUGACACUCUGCCUUAUUGUAAUAUAACUGACAUUAAAAAAAAAAAAUUAUUUAAACGUAUGAUAUGCCUGUAAAACAAGAAAUCCACAAAAAUAGAUAGGCUAUUAAAUCACAAACUUCAAGUCAAACUUUUUUUUUUCCCGUGACAUGUCACAAUUACCCACGUGCAAUAGCGUCAUUACUGCAAUGUAAAAAGCCGAAUCUCUGUCAGAAACCCGGGCUGCCCAGCCUCAGCGAGACGUACUCCGUAGCUAACCUGGGAAUCAAAAAACUGAUUUUUCGGACCAUUUCAGAACGAAAUGUUACAGGCUGUGGGUAGACCAUGCGACCGCCAGAGGCGUCUUCGCUAACUUGCCGACUUCUAGCAGACAAGACCCAUGGUUUUGGGCUAGGUCGCAGGCAGCAGAGUCUAAUGACACAGCUGCGCACUGAGCACUGCGCCAUCGGUACAUACUUCUACGGGCUAGAUAACAACAGGGACUCAACCUGUCGGCAUUGCAGCCUGGUCCCGUAAACACUAGCGUAUCUGUUGAUCGAAUGUCCUUCACUAGAUGUUGCGGGGGAAGGCAGGUCGGUGAGAGAGCCGUACCUGAGGAAAAUGUUGUAUGGCUCAGCAGAUGGAGCUGGUAGCCAAUAUACUAGCCGGGGUCGUAAGAUAAUAAUCUCAGACCCUGACCCGAAAAUUAGUCAGAAGGUUUCUGAAAAGUUCUUAAUUUAUAACACAGAACAAAAGCUCCCAGAAAAGCGUGAAUUUUAAACAUAGAUUGCCACAUAGUAUUUGAUUUAUUUUCCACCAAGAUCAGAUGCUUGAUAGGGUUUGUGACACACAGAGAGGGUCGCACUUUAGCCUUCUUUUCCUAAGAAAAAUAUAAAGAAUAAAAUAUGUAUGCAGAGGAAAAACCUAAAGUGUGGAUUGCGUUAUGACACAACACGUCAGGAGGUGACGCAAAAAAUGGAGAGAUAAAAAUACGAGAGGAAUACAGUUCCUUAGAGACGUUCUGUUAACUUGUCGUAAAUAAAUAGAUGUCACAAGUUUCACUAGAGGAGGUUGACAUCAUAGCAGGUUGACACCAUAGAAGGCAGAUUCGGAGGUACUCCAUUGGUGAAGUCUAUAAGAUAUGAGACGGUGAAUGUACUGCACUUCGCGACAUCAAUCCUAAAGACGCAAAUGCCCACGCUGAGGCGUGGCGAGGGGGGAGGGCAGGGGGGACAGAUUCCCCGGGCGCAAGGUAGUUAGGGGCGCCAAAACGUUUUGAUAUUAUUUUAUUGAUGAACAUAAUGGGUUUGAGAGUUGAAAAAAGAAAAAAGGGGCGCUUUAAAAUGAAUCUUGUCCCUGGGCGCGAAUCUUGUCCCCGGGCGCCAAUCUUGUCCCCGGGUGCCAAACACUCUCGCUACACCUCUGUGCCCACGCAUAUGUUUCCAAGGCUUAUGUCUAAUCCAUUUUUUUUUAAAAUAUACAUAAUCUAAUAUCAUCGACCUCACUCAAUUACUGGCUUAGUGAAUUCUUUAAAAAGUGCGUUCUAAACACUGAAGAAUGUAAAUCUAUAAUUCCGUUAAAAAUUCAUGACAAGCAAUAUUUAAUUAUUUAAUAUUAAAAAUUUUAAAGUAUUAACAUUGUACUAGAAAUCCAUCAUAAUUAUUUUUUUUUAAAGUAGCAAUCAUCGUUUAAAAAAGAAUCUAAGAAAAAAUACUUUUAACCAAAUGAAUCUUUUUUUUUUUUUUCUCCUAACAGAGAAUUGAGGCAACUACGAAUCUUCAGGUCUCAGUCUACAAGGGUAAACUCAAAAUUGUCAUGAUUAUUAUUUUUUUGUCAUUUAAUUUUAAUUGCAUGUCCACUUGCCAAAGCUCACUGGAAUCAUUCAAGAGCUCCGUGUACUGUUUCUGUCUGUGGGUUUGCAGAAGGCUACUAAGGCUAAUGCCUUACCUUUACAAGUUUUUUGUUUUUUUUUAAAGUUAAAAUAUAUAUUCAAGGGCAAGGUUUGUGUGUGCAUUUCCUCGUGCUUUCCACACAAGCAGCUUGCUUAGAGAGCAAUACUGAAAUGUCAACACGAAUGCUAGCUAUACAAUAAUAAUGUUCUGUGUAGCAGCGGCGGAUCAGACAGCGACCAGGUUGGCAUCUGCAUGACAUAGGUAAUAAUCCAAUAAGAUGAUGAAAAUUCCGAUGGGAAAAUCCCCAACUGGCUCUUCAGUGACCUUGCCAUGGUCCGGAUGGUACUUUAGUGACUUUGCUAUGAUACGGCGGGUUCUUCAGUGACGUAGCCGUGGUCCAGCUGGUACUUCAGUGUCUUUGCCGUGGUCGGGCAAUUUAAUUUGCAUGAUUUUUCUGUCAUCCGUGGUAUUUCAUUGGUCCAUCCCACCUCGCAUGGCGUUGGUAAGCCUGACAACGUUCGGCAAGCUUUGAAUAACGUAUGAGGAGUUACUGCUCUCUGGACUUCCAGUACACUACCGCUCCUAUACCCAUUAUCGGACUGACGCCCGAUGUUUCUACUGGCCAUUUUGAUGCACAGGUUCAACUGGAAAUCGAUGGUCACGCUUUAGUGUAAGAGUGGGAUGAGGGGGGUUAAACUGUUUACCACAUCAGGCAUUUAAACACUAACAAUAAAGUGGUGCUAUAUAAUUUUUCAAUUUUCUGAGACCUGACUUGCGCCUGGCACUUUCAUACUUAUGGGGCGACUAAACCAUCAGAAGCUAUUAAAAUUAUUGACAUAUCUUUCAAUAAAAUGUGUCCUUGUGAUAAAGACAAUAUAAUUUUCUUUGAAUCAUAUAACGAAUUUCAACACUUUUUAAUUUCUAUAAGUGAUACAAUGAAUUUCAACACAUUCUUAAUAAAAUAUUGUCUAUAAAUUAUAUCAUUGAAUUAAACUCAAUCUUAUGAUCCUUAAAUCAUCAAAUGAAUGUCAACACAUUUUACUUGUUAUCUCACAACAUUUGACAGGUCGUUCCUGUCCCAGCGCCUACAAGAAAAGAUCCUUCUAAACAGCGCAGCUUAGCCCUGCUAAGGUCAGAGACUAACCGUGACGGCGACAAAGCUGCACAAAAAGACCAGACCAAGCGUGCAUCUAAAGGUAACACACACAAACCAUUUGAUAAAAAAUAUCAUAAAGACAGUCCGAAAUCAUUAGCUCUUUUGCUGGUGAUUCUAAUCGACUCGUACUUAUGUUCUCGUGAUUUAACUACAUAUUAUAUUGUUUUACGAAUACUUGUUUUAAUAUCGAAUGACCACAAUCCACGAAGCUUUCGGAAGAUUCCUUGGCUUUUGUCUCUCAUCUUGCGCCAGUGUUUUACAUCUUUUAGAACACACUUUUCGUCCUAAAAUAAUUUGUUAAUCAGCGAUUUUGGAACUUUGACAUACGAAUGCAGAUCGAGGAAUCAAGAACUAAUAAUAGAAGGAUUGAAAGAUGUCGGUUCUCCCACCCCCACCCAUUCCCCCGAAAUAAAUUAUACAAAAAAGAUCCAUAUCAAUUUCUGAACCAAAACAGCCGCAUGCCGAGUCACCGAUCUAGACGAAGACAUUUCAGAAAGUGUGCAAGUGAUGCACGCCUGAGAUCGUUUGCUCCUGUUUGUAUCCUGCACUAGAAAGGAAUCAUAAAAAAAUUCGAAAGUGAAUUGUGAAAGAAAAAAAAGAGAUCACCUGUGGCCGUUAUCAGACAUUUAAAGCAGGUUCUUGGCAGUUAGACGAAUAUAGCGUUUUCUUGAUUAGUACAAGACAGAUUAGUGUGUUUUUUUUUGGUGCCUUUAACAAAACAGAAUAGCUUUAAUUCACUGUUAGAAAACAGUGGUCGAGUGGUCUAAACUUAGCAAAUCUCAAGUUGGUGAUCAGGAAUUCAAUGCCAGCCAAAAGCGCAGUCAAGCAAAAACAUCACCAGCACCCUGGGUGGAUGGAACUCGUUAACCUUGGAUGGCAACUCAUCUAAGAGAAAGGAAACUUUGAAUUCAAACAAAGAGAUGGUGUCCCGUAUGCGGAAAACAUUGCUACAAUGAAACAUUUUGACAACUCCUGCGACGCCACUGGUGCCAAGCAGUAUCAUCCUCAUGAUAUUCCCUUGGAAUAUCCAGCGGUAUGGAGAGAGGCGAUUUGCUGUUGGGAACCAGCUUAUAAUCCUUUGGAUUUUAUUAUUAUUAUUACUAUUAUUAUUAAUAUUAUUAUUAUUAUCCAUUAUCAAUGCAAACGAGAUCAUUACUAUGAACUAUAUUUAUUGUUUAAUUUUCAAUACAGAAGCAAAGAAGAAGCCGUUAAACCCGAUUUCAUUCAAGCUACGAGAAUCGUAUCCCUUGCAAGGUAAUACAUAAAUUAUAUCAUAAAUAGUAUGUUCAAUAAUUUGAGGACAUUCGGAGUGUGUCGUUCCAAAUGACAGAGGAACGAAGAGGUUGCAUCACCAAUACCCCAGAGGAAAAAGGCUCAAAGGCAGACCUAGGCUUAGGUGGAUAGAUGAUGUGGAAAAAGAUCUACAACAGCUGAAAAUGCAAACAUGGAAAAUAAUGGCAUUAGUUAGGUCUAAGUGGAAGGAAGUGGUGAGGCAGGCCAAAGCCCUACAUGGGCUUUAGCUCCAUAGGGAUGGAUGGAUGGAGUGUGUUGUUACUUUAGGCCAGUGGUCUCUAACUCAAAUCAUCCGCGGGCCGCAGGAGGUAGUGUCGUAGUUAGAUUGGGCCGCAUAAAGUAUUCCUAAAAAAAAAGUGAUUACACAUUCAAUAAAGUAAAACUGUUACAAUCUGCUAAAUCCUUAUUAAUAGCAAAUAAAUGAAAACAUGAAGCGUUCUCAAGAUCUAGGCUUCCCUGUCUUCCACCUCCUCCUUGUUGCCAGAAACCUGGCAGCGCUUCUUCUUGCACAGCUAAGCAAAAUUUGGCUUGAGUAAGGAAGCACCUGAGGCUCACAGUAUAGCUUGUAAACGCUCAUCAGUAAGAUUGACCCAGAAAUUUGACUUGUUAAAUUUCAUAGUGGAAAAUGCUUUUCACACAGAUAGGUAUUCCCAAAAAGGCACACGAUCCGCUUGAACAACCUGGAAAUCUCAGGCAAUGUGGAGGGCACUGCUCUCAUUAAUUUUUCAAGCUUGUCUGUUUUUCUAUUCACCCCACUGAACUUAGCCUUAAGUUCAGAAUUGCGCUGAAGAUCAAUCAGCUCCAUUUGAUGCGCAAGUUGAGAGUGUGUGUUAGGGGGGGGGGUGUAUCUUCCACAUUGGAGGAGAAACGGUAAGCCAAAUUUGAAAAGUGGCUCUGUGUGGCGUUGUGAAGUCAGCAAACCUGUGAUGCAUUCUUCCUGUAGCUUUGCAAUAGCAUCAGUUUACUUACUACUAAGUUACUACUGAAUUGUGUGCCUGAGUCCAUGAGUAAUUUGCAUGUUGGGAAACGGCAGAGUCUUUAUAUGAGAAAGCUUAGCUUUCCAUAGCACAAGCUUUGUGCAGAAUGACAUUUUCAUAGCCAACACUGACAAUCUGCCCCUGGCCUUGUAACUUCUUGUUGAGUACAUUCAGCACCUUGUAAUGUCAACAAGAAAAACCAAGUCCAUGAGCCAUUUGGGAUAACUUAUUACAGGAACAACAUCUCCACCCCAUCCUUCUCUAUAAAGGCUUUGAUUUCUGCUAUCACUCAAAAAGAUUUCCAAGACGUUUCCCCUGCUAAGCCAGAGUACAACGGUAAAGUAGAUACCAUCCUCAUAUGCUGACUCUAUUCCCUUUAAAAAGUCAUGGAACUGACAGUGCUUCAAGCCCCUGGAUCUGAGAGAGUAAAUUCUGAUUCUUUUUAUCGUAGAAAAGACCUUUUUGACUAAUCCUAUUACUUUGGCAAUGUUUGUCUCUUAAAGUUCUAUAAAAUAAAAAUUUUAGUCCGAUUUUAAAACGUUUCUUACCAUUAUAAUCAACGUCCAAACUUACACAAACUCAAAUAAAAAUCAGAUAUAUACAAGUCGGUAAGAUUCGACUAAAACCCUCGCAACGGCUCACAUUAUAGAGAUGAGACUGGGGAAAACGCGUGGGCCGCAUUAACACUAAACUUUGCUGUCAGUUAGCGAGCCGCAAAAUAUUGUCUUGCGGGCCGCAAAUGGCCCGCGGGCCGCGAGUUUGAGACCCCUGCGUUAGGCAAUAAAUAAUUUCAAUUUAAACGUUUUUCACUCUUUAACAUCACAGAAACCCAUCUCUUACCUACCACCACAUGUCCUAUACCAACUAAACUUACCCACCGAACUUUCCCACAAAACCUACCUACUGAACCUAUCCAAAAUUCGACAAAUCAAACCUAGCCACCAAACCUAUCCACCACAUCUAUCCAUUAAACAUACCCACCGUACUAACACACCAAUAUGCUACACAUUCCAACUCCGUCCAACUCUCCCAUUCCUCUCCUUAUACCUCAUACUAAACGUUUAUUGAUCUCUUGUUUCGCCACACCCAUUAUACCCCCCCACCACCCUCAAAUCCAACAUGCCACGCCCCCUGGGCUUUCAAGUCUCUUAACACGCUACAAAAAAAAAUUAAUAAUAAUAAUAAAAAAAAAAAUCAAUCACUUAACAAAAGCCGGAAAAAAAUCCCUUUUGUCCCAACUACUACAGAAUACCCUAUGCCACGUCUGGGCUUGUACCUGGGGGAUCACUCUUUCCCCCAUGAAAUUUUACUUUUAAUUCUUUUUGGAACUGAGCUAAUCUUUUUAAAGUAAAUUAAUUUUAAAGUAGGCGGUUAAUAAUAGAUUGAAAUGUUGGGGGCAAUCGUUGAAAUGGUGAGGAUCAAGGUGGAAGUUAGAAGGUCAAAGGUCAACAAGGUAUAGUGAAUAAAAACGAAAAUGGCUUUUCACUGUUUCAAGGUGUAUUGAUAUGACCACACACACACACACAAAUAGUUCAACUGCUCAUAAAGAAAUUAUAAUGCUUCUACAUUAGUGAAAUAUUUUUAGCUUAAAUCCCUCUGGUCCUCUAACGUCUUACAAAUGAAUCCCUUUCAUUGACUUGCGUAUAAGAGGGGCACUCGCAUCAAAUCCAAACACUAAUUUGUUAUAUUGUUUUACAGCCCCACACGUGAACACCUCUAACGAGGCAGCUGACAUUCAAAUCAACCCAAAUCUUCCCCCUGGGCGGAUGGAGGGUCGACGAAAGAAAACAGAUCUUUAAACAUUUUAAUUUUUUUUUCAUUUUUUAUAGUUAUGAUACUUAGAUUUUAUAAUUAUACUGAAGCUUGUAGUAUAUUUUUUACUCUUGUUUGUGCAUGAAUACUUACGCUGGGCCAGUGGGGCAUUAAUUUAUACUUUUUUUUUUUACUUCAGGAAGAGUAUACGUAUUUUAUAUGAAUUUAUUUUUAUUGGUG